AUGCGCUAUCCCAACAAUUCAGGCGGAGCAAUGCUUAGACGUUCGUAUUCGCGUCCCGAUCUCGCCUAUUCCCGACCUGGCGUUGUCGAACGAACAGGCGGGAGCUAUGAUUUAGGUGGCGUCUGGAGACCAGCUAGCUACGGGCCUUAUACGUAUCGCUUUAAUAAUCGCGCGUAUGACCGCAAUCUCCAUGCGUGCUAUUACAACUUGGAGGAUGAUUACUACGGCUCCUAUGGUGAUCUGCUAGAGUAUGAGGCAGCCUUGCGAAUGAACCGUCACCUUACCGAAGAGGAACGCUUGCGACGCUGGAGAAUGCGAUUAGCGUUCGAAGAGUUAGAGGAAGCUGAACGAAUUCGACAUUACAGAACGAUGGCCCAUACCGAUCGGCUCCUUCUCGGGCUGUCCGAUCACUCGUGGUGGGGAGAGCGCUACGGAAAUCCCUUUCAUCACCGCCCAGACUGGCGCAGCCGGUUUGCAAACAAGAUCCGAGGAUGGGACUCCAGUUUCCUCCCCCUCUCAUCAACUCUCAGUCAUCGUUACGCACCGGUUUGGAACGACUCGAGCACCGUUCCUCUCAACGAUCGUCAUUUGGAUUCGCAAUUACGCUACGCUCAGAACGGCCUUCACGUCGAUCAUCUUUUAGAUUCAGAACGCCGUCUCAAUCAAGACGUCCAAUAUCACGCACUCGAAAACGCUGAAAGGAGACUCGAAAAUCAGGAACACUAUCUGCGAGACCGACUCGAGGAUAACAUCCUUCAUGAUCGAGAGAGAGCCCUCGAAAACCAAAUGAUGGAUAAUGUCCUUUAUGAGCAAGAACGGAAUUACGACAGAGACCUGAUCUACGACCAGGACCGCCGUCUAGACAGGCUUGCAGGGGAAGAGAUGCUAUACGACCAGGAGAGAAGAUUGGAGAACCGACUAGAUGACGAAGAACUAUAUCGAGCCGAGAGACGCUUGGACGAUGAUGCUCGCUAUAUCCAAGGUACUGGAAUUCUAGAUUCUGGUUUGAGAGAUCCCGUCAUGGUCGAUUACGAUCGGUACCCGGACAUCCAACUGGGCCUCGAUGAUAACUUUGCGAGGAGAGAGUUGGAAGAGGACGAUUACCUUGCAAGAGAACGAUUGGAGCGCGACUUAUUGUAUUGA